AUGGAUUCCAGUCCCCUCCAGCAAUACAGCACAGCACAGCCACCAGGUCCCCGUUUCACCAGCACGAAUAGAUCGUAUCAUGUAUAUGAUCCCAGCCGAGGAGCAGCGCUAAGGGAUGCUGCAGACUGGGCCAACCCAUACCGGGAGAGACUAGAGCGAACCACACGGGCUCGCAGCAGAAGUCCCUCAUACCAGACUCAACCUGCCGACCUUCCUGGAGCCCGAGAACUACCACAAAGUCCUUUUAUGGGAUUCAAUCAUUAUCCCCGGGAGAUGUAUGUCCCACCCGGAAUCAAUAACCUACUCCCUCAAAGCCUGCCUAGCUCCUCCCCAACACUAUCCCCGAGCAACAUCCAGCGUGGUCGUCAUGGUCACGCUCCAGACCAUGCAGGGGACUCCACUGGACAGACUUACCCUCUUGAUAACGGCAACUUGUAUGGAUACCCCCGCGACCAGGAGCAAGAAGUGCAGGGGGGUUACCCAGCAACUGACAUAGAACCGGCCAACAAACAAGAGGAUGCCAAAGAUGCCAACGACAACAACGAGGAAGAUCACCUAUGUGAAUUUGCCGCUCCAUGUCGAAUGCAUCCCUCGCCCGAUGGAAUGCACUACCGAAAGGUUGUUUCCCACGUGUUUGGCAGAAACAAGGCCGUUACCAAGCUGUUCCCACUCGGCGUCUGGGUCCAUUAUUGCCGAAAGCACUACCAGCGUGCCCGGUACCGUGCAGACCAAUGGCCAUUUACACAGUGUGACCUCCUGUUAGAAUCUCUGAGCCGAAUGGAGAGGUGGGAUGGAGUGGAGAGUUUCGAACUCAUCCUCCGCCGGCGAGAGCAAAUGCGUGUUGGACGUGAAACCGAAAGCGCACCUAUCACCGAGACAUCCAGUCAGAAGGAGGCCACUCCCUCGGCCAGCCAGAUCCAAGACAAAGACAAGUCUUCGAGUAUCGUGCCUCGAGGUCCAGGCCGCAAGCAUCCGACUGCCAUCAUCGCCCCGGUCCCGGACUGGCUUCGCCAACAUGUCGGUCACGGCAAGACAUUCCGAGAAAUCCGCCAGAUCAUCGAACUUGUGCGUGAUCACAUGGUCAGGCUGCGAAACCAGGAAAGAGCUCAACAACAGCCCAGUAACAUUCCCAAGUCCCCGAGUGCACCAGGAAGCCCUCGUCGGGGUGCGUCCUCUAACGGCCGAAAAGGACGUGUGGGUAAGCCCACCAACCGGGACCCCCUACGCGUGCGUGCUAGCACUGUUCGUUUCCCUGAUGUUGAGAUUCUCCCUCAUUUCAAGCCAUGGGUCAAGGAGGCCGCUCUACGCCAGCGAUCUGCCACUAACCGCCCCAUGAACGAAGGGGAUAGCAAAGGCUAUGAACCAGAGCAGAGAAUUUCUGGAGGGGGACGUAUCAUUGGAGAAGUCAACGAUACCCAUGAUAGCAAUGCUCGGGCCGAAUCGACUCAGCCGACAAACGACGAUUCCGUGACGAACGAUACAACUCCGCGCCGUGAUGACCAAAGCUCGGAGCCCAUUGAGAUGACUGGGGCCAAUCUCUCACUAAUGCAACCUCACAUCGGCAGGGCUGGGACAAAUCGUGGCCAGUCUGAGAGCCAGCGACGACGUAGCGAACGGGUCUACCUUAAAGCCAUAGACCGUGUCCCUGGCCAGGAUUCUGUCAAGAAACCCUGCAAGGAUGGUGAUAAAUAG